UUUGUUUGAAGAAGAGACAAGAAAAAGCAGUUUGAUUGAAGUGCGGACGGUGAAACAAUACUUUGAGCGUUAAAUUGUGUAUAAAAGAUUUAUUAUAAAAUAUUAAAUAAUUUUAUUUACAUUAUUUAUUAAAUUUGUAUGAUAAUUAAACAAUAAUAACCGGCGUAAGCCGGGUAUAACUCUACUCAAACAACGUAAAUAAAUAAAAAAGAAAAGAAAAUUUUUAUUUAACUAUACAAAAUAAAGUUCCAAAAUUGCGUUUCGUUGAGAACAACAGCGUCUGUGAAAAAGCAAGAACAAUCAUAAACAUUAAUUUUUAAAAAAGUGGCUGCCAAAGAGCAAUAACAACAAUAUUGCUCUAUGAAGCGGUUGCAGCGACGUCGCUGCUUUUUGUCUCGUAUCUCUCGUUUACAUUAUUUUUGUAUAAUUCAUUUUCGUCGUAAUAUUCGCUUUUUUCGGCUAAUAUUUUUGUUUAAAAAUUUUUGUGCGUUACAUCCACAUUCAUUAUUGGUUUGUGCGUGUUUCCUGAAAUUCUUUUCGGUUAUUUUAUUUACUUUUUCAUUUUGCUUUGCACAUAACAAAAGUGAAAAAGGUGGUUGGUUGGUUAAUCGGCAGUGUGUUAUUACUUCUACUUCUACUCCUUUUAACAAUUCUUGCCGUCCUUUAUGACGACUACUGCCUGCUGCUACUGCUACAAUUUCAUGGAGUUUUUCGGCUAUUACUUCGUCUCUUUCACUUCUCUACCCAUAUAAUGUGUUCACGUACAAAAAGUUUCAUACAAUAAUUUAUUAAAUAAAAAAGAAAUGUGUUUUUUUUUAUUUUGCGAUAGUUUGCAAACAUAAACAAACAAUUGUUAUGGAAUGGAAAAAAAAGAGGUGGCCGUUAAUAGCAGCGUAGCAACGGAAAGCAAUACUAAAAAUAAUAAAUUGAUAGGAAACGCAAGCGUCUCAGGUUCAUCAGCAUUGAACUUGAAUCAUAAAUUGAGUGCAAAUCUACACCAAGUGCAAGCGCAUAAUUCACAGCAUAACUCAAAUAAAAAAUCAAAUUACAAAACAAUUGGCAUAUCGAGGACGAAUUUUACACAAGCGAAUAGUGGAAAUUUGUCAGCUCCAACGGUAACAAAUUCAUCCUCUAUAUCGACUUCCUCCACAUCGAGUGAAUCAAAGGAUACGAAUUUUGAAUACGAAGACGAGUGGGAUAUUGGUGGAAUUCCAGAACUUCUGGACGAUCUUGACGCAGAUAUUGAAAAGUCAUCAACUGCUGCACAACAAGCAGCAACGUCAACAAAUUCGGGUGGUGGCAACCAAUCAAGUGCAACAUCAAUACUUAAUCAACAUCAACAAAUUACUAAUAUAAAUAAUGCAAAUACUGCAAUAAAUGCAAAAAUUUCAACAACGACUAAAGCACAUACAUCUUCAUCAUUACUAUCCACAAACUCCUCAGCAUCAUCAUCCAAUAAAAGUUAUCAUUCAACGUCAUCGUCAUCGUCAAAUAAAUAUCCAAGACAUCACCACUCUUCUGGUUCAAUAACUGUUAAUAAUACUAAUCGAACAAACCUGUCGUCUAGCCACAGCCAUAAUAGUGGCAAAACGUCCACUAGCAAUCAUAACAUCACUGGAACAAAUAUAUCCAGUAAACAUCAACACCAGCACCACUUAAAAAAUUUUAAAUUACAUCAAUCUGCAUUGGUCGCUCAAUUGACAACUAACAGUAACAGUAACAGUAAAAAUAGUUCGAAUAUAACUGGUAGUGCUAGUGCUAGUAACAUCAAUUCAAACAUAAACUCUUCUCAGUCAAAUAGCACAUUGUCGUCGUCGACUUUUGCCGGCUUCUCUAAAGGAGGCAACCUUGUAUCCUCCUCUAAUACGAACAACACUGCCGCAGCCAACGCAUCGAACUUAGCAAAGUUUUCUGCUGGCGGCAUGUCAUCAACAUCCAACAAUAGUAAUAGUAACAACAACAGCAGUGCAGGAGGAGGUGCUAUAAGCGGUCAAAGUUCCCAAGGUGGUAGCUCGGGUAACAGCGGUAAAUCCAACUCAAAAAUGUCCAUUGAUCACCAGGCUACAUUAGAUAAAGGAUUAAAAAUGAAAAUUAAAAGAACUAAACCGGGAACGAAAACAUCUGAAGCCAAACAUGAAAUUGUCAAAGCCACGGAACAACAACAAAAUGGUUCUAUUAGUGGUAAUUCUAAUUUAGAUGAUGGCAAUGGCACACAUUCCGGUUCAAAUUCAUCGUCUUCAAAUACAAGUUCAAUAUCAUCAGGCAACAGUUCUAAUGUAGGUGGUAGCAGUGGUUCUAAUUCAAACAGUGGUAGCAAAAAGCACAUGAGCAACUCGUCGAACAGUAACAAUAGUAGUCAAAAUAAUCACAGCACCGCAAGUUCAAAUAGUUCAAGUAGUGGCAAUAGUGGACAAACAACACCUCAAGGCACUAAACGCGGUAGUUCAGGUCAUCGACGUGAUAAAACUAAAGAGAAAUCAACACAUUCCAAUAGAAUGGCAGCUGAAAAAGCCGCUUCAUCAAAUGAUAAGGAAACAAACUCGAAUGAUAAAAUGGGUAGUAGCGGCGGUUGCCAAUGUAACGGUGAUACAAGUACAAAUAGUAAUAAUGCACCUUGUGCUAACCACAGUUGCUUGAAACGUUCGGAGAAUGGUCCUUUAUCACAAAGAAUGACCAGUUCAAAUGCAAGUUCUAAUUCUUCUGUGCCCCCAGGCGUUUUUAUACCAUCAGCGGGCUCACCAGCUGCUGUUGUGUCUUCAGCAGCAGCAACAGCAGCAUCCUUACUUGCUGCUACCAGCACCUCUGGUGUUAACUCAACGACACAAUCAAAUAACAGUGGUCCUAAUGCACCCGGACCACCAUGCAAAGAUAGUUCUGGUAACAGUGGUAUUAAAAUAUCAUCUCAUAUUGCAGCACAGCUUGCUGCAGCAGCCUCCAAUAAUUAUAAUGCCACUUCAAACGCCACAUCAUCAAAUUCAGAUAGUAAAUCUGCACAUGGUACAUCAUCCCAAGGUAAACACUUGGCACCUGGAUUGAUCUCAGCAACUAUGGUGCACACUAUAUCUGUGCCCGCCAGUUCAGCAAAUUCGACAAAUGCAACAAAUAAUUUGGAUGAAAUUUCCAAAUCACCACCUGCAAAACGUGCUAAACACGGUGAUUUAACCAACUCGGCGUCGAAAGAAAUGGUAGACAUUUGUGUUGGAACAUCUGUAGGGACCAUCACAGAGCCCGAUUGUUUGGGUCCUUGUGAACCUGGUACAUCUGUUACGCUUGAAGGCAUUGUAUGGCAUGAGACUGAGGGCGGCGUACUUGUCGUAAAUGUGACAUGGCGCGGCAAAACUUAUGUAGGCACUUUGCUUGAUUGUACGCGCCACGAUUGGGCUCCUCCAAGAUUCUGUGAUUCACCAACCGAAGAAUUAGAUUCUCGCACACCAAAAGGGCGUGGAAAGCGUGGCCGUAGUGCCGCUUUAACGCCUGAUUUAAGCAAUUUUACUGAAACCCGAAGCUCUAUUUAUUUCUCUCAUGCACAGGUUCAUUCCAAACUUCGCAAUGGUUCGACAAAAGGGCGUGGUGCUGCACGUACUACUGCUACAGCAACUUCUACAACUAAUACUGCAACCACAAGCAGUAGUUCUUCCUCUGGCGGUGGCGGUGCAACACCCAGCACAUCACCAACAGCAUUUCUUCCUCCACGUCCUGAAAAGCGAAAAUCAAAAGACGAAUCACCAUCUCCUGUUAAUGGCGAGACUGAUCCGGCUACAGCGAGUGUGGCCAAUGCCAGUGGUAUUCCUAUCUCAGCAAGUGGUGGUGGACUUGCAACACAGCCACAGAGUCUUCUAAAUCCUGUAACAGGUCUUAAUGUGCAAAUUAACACUAAAAAAUGUAAGACUGCUUCGCCGUGUGCGAUCUCUCCAGUUUUGCUUGAGUGUCCAGAACAGGACUGCAGCAAAAAAUACAAGCACGCAAAUGGAUUACGUUAUCAUCAGUCUCAUGCACAUGGUGGUGCUGGUUCAAUGGAUGAAGAUUCACUACAAUUACCAGAUGAACCACCCUCUACUCCAUCUCCAGGUCCAAUUGCAGCACCAACGCCAGCAGUGACACCAACUGCUAGUGAAGCAGCAACAGUAUCUGUAAGCCCGCCACCAACACCUACGUCAGCAGUAGUGACUUCCAAUGCUGUUACUACUGUAACGUCAGCAUCAAGUUCUGUAUCACAAAUUCCAUCACCAGCAUCUAGUACAGGACAAGAGCAAAUAAUAAGCUCCUCAACAGCAACAAAUGUAACUACUGCUACUCCAGUAUUGACUGUACCCUCACCCUCACCCUCAACAGCAACAAGCUCCAUUGCAACAGUUAAUAGUGGUUUAGUGUCAGCAACACCACCUCAACAAUUGCCCCCGCCACCACUUAUACCACCCGCGCAGCAACAAACACAACCACAGCAACAACAACAACAGCAUCAACCACAAUCUCAACAACCGCAGCAGCAUCAAGCACAACCACAACAUACAAUGGCUGGUGGCAGCAUAACCGCUGGUAUAUCAGGACAAGUACUUUCGCAACAACAAACACUUGGUUUGGUUAAUACUCCUAACAUGCCACCUUUGUUAUCUGAGCAACAACAACAAGCAUUAUUACAGCAAGGAGCACUGAAACCAGGUGUUUUGCGAUAUGGGCCACAAAAUGAUGGAUCUACAGUUUCUGGUGGACCACAACCAAUGGCAGCAUUGCAACAACAGAUACCUCCAGGACAACCCCAACAACCGCCUCAGUCUAAUAUGAUGCCUGGUAACAGUCCUUUAAGGCCUACUCCACAAAUGCAACCAUCAAAUGAGCACCUGCAACAACCUCCACCAACAAGUAGCUAUUCUGUAGGUGCACAAAACGUUCCACAAAACAUGCAGCAAGGAAUUCCACUGACUACAAAGCCUUCAUCCGGAUUUGGCAUUGCAGCUAAGCCAAAGAAGAAUCGUAAAUCGCCUGUGCCAGGUGAAUUUGAGAAUUCUACAUCUCGUGACGAUGUUCAAAGUCCUGCGUACAGUGAUAUAUCAGAUGAUUCAACGCCAGUUGCUGAUCAGGAUAUGUUAGAUAAAUCGCAACCAUCAAAACAUUUGGAGAUGUUAACGAAAAAGCCUCAAGAAUUGGGACCUGCAGGCUUAGCUAGUGGCCCACCUUCAAUACCACCAAUUGGUAGUUAUGGAAUGUAUCAGUUCUACCAACAACAGCAAUACAUGGUACCACCAUCUGCCGAACAACAACAGCAAGCUAAGAGUAUUCAUCCGCCUUCGAUAGGACAACCACCAAUGUCGAUGCCACCAUCUCAACAACAACAACAGCAACCGCCAGCACAUAUACAACAGCAAUCAUCACCGCAUGUUGUGGACUAUAAUAAUAAAAAUAAAGAUCCACCUCUUGAUUUGAUGACAAAACCACAAGUGUCGCAUACGCAUCAACAAUCUCAAGAUAACACCAACAAGGAUUCGCCAGUAGGGCCACCUGUUCCACCACCUGUUAAUUUAAGCAAUGUUCCAACAUCCGGUAGUGGUUUACCACCUGGUUUAGGUGGUCUAUCAGGUAUUGGGCCUACAGUCGGUCCGGGUGGUUUGCCUACACCUUCUCCAGCGAAACCCAUUUCACAUUUUUAUCCUUUCAAUUAUAUGCCAUCCGGUUAUCCUUACAAUGUUGAGCCGAACUAUGGUCCCGUUUCUAUUGUAUCAUCUGAUGAUGCGAAGCUUAGUAGUCAUCCCGGCAUACCAACUUCUCAACCUCAAAACUCAUCUCAACAACAUUCUUCAAUUGCAAUUAAGGAGGAACGUACAAAAGAAAAUCCUAAUUCUCAUGAGAACCUUAAAUUAAUAUCACAGCAGCAUCAGUCACUACAGAAUAAGGUAAUCAAAACAGAACCUAUUCUACCUAAGCAAGAAAUUAAGCAGGAAUCAAGUAAUGGUAAUCCACCACCUCCAACGCAAUCACAGCAGCAAGUAGUGCCGCCACCACAACAACCCCAUGCAAUGCAUCCUAAAGACUUACAAGCAUUGGGAGCAUACACAAGCAUAUAUCGGGGUCAUCCAAUGAGUUUGGCGGCACAACAGCAAGCUUCCCGCGAAGAGGAACUGCGAAGAUACUAUAUAUUUUCUGAUCAACAACGACGUCAAAAUGCUGCUGCACAAAAUGCUUCCAAUGUUGGCCAACCUACCGGUUUACAAGCGUUGUCGGCUUCGCAUCAUAAAGAGGAUGUAAAUCCUCCACCACAGCAACAACCACAACAACUUACAAUAGCGCAACAACAACAACAAGCCUUACAUCAACAUCAUCAACAACAGCAAGCUCUGCAACAGCAACAACAGCAGCAACAGCAACAACAGCAGCAGCAACAACAACAGCAACAACAGCAUCAACAGCAACAAAAAAUAAAGUCACAAAAUACAUCCGGAUCAAAUGUACCGCUUAAUAAGGCAACUAAUUUAACUAAGGAAUCUCCAAAGCAAAAACCGCAAGAGGAAGAAGUUAAAAUAAAACAGGAAGGACAAAAGCCAACAAUGGAAACACAGGGACCUCCCCCACCUCCGACAUCCCAAUAUUUCUUACAUCCAUCAUAUAUUGCACCAGCACCAUUUGGUUUUGAUCCUAAUCAUCCAAUGUAUCGCAAUGUAUUAAUGUCAGCUGCUGCACCUUAUAAUGCUCCACCUUAUCAUUUGUCCAUGCCACGCUACCAUGCUCCUGAAGAUCUAUCGCGCAACACUGGGACUAAGGCGCUCGACGCAUUACACCAUGCAGCCAGUCAAUAUUAUACGACGCACAAAAUACAUGAACUUAGCGAGCGAGCACUUAAAUCACCCACUAGCGGUGGUGGGCCUGGGCCUGUUAAAGUAAGCGUUUCAAGUCCAAGUGUUGGUGCACAACAACAGCCUGGUAUGGGUGGAAAUGGGCCUGGUGGCGGACCUAAUUCUGGACCAGGCGGACCAGGGCAUUUAUCAGCAGCAAGUCAAGGAGGCGGUGGAGUACCAUUAAACUUACAGCCACCACCAAAUUCAAUGGGUGGUCCACCAAAUAAGCAAGAUGUACAAAAAUCACAUGGUGGCCCCGGCGGCCCUGGUGGUCUAGCAGGCGGUCCAGUAGGCGUUGACGGUCAUAAGCAAGGAGGAGGUGGCCCGAACAUUGUAUCAACUACUGGAAAUGGUGGUGGUGGUGGCGGUACUGUUGGUAGUGGUAACACUGCAGAUUCUAGAAGCCCGCCACCACAACGUCAUGUCCAUACACAUCAUCAUACACACGUUGGGUUAGGAUAUCCAAUGUACCCUGCACCGUAUGGAGCUGCUGUUCUAGCAAGUCAACAAGCGGCUACUGUAGCUGUGAUAAAUCCAUUUCCGCCUGUACCUAAUAAAUGAGAACAACUAAAUGAUAAAAAUCCGUACAAUAUGAAAACCUGAAAGUAAAUCUUAACAGAAGAAGACAUGCUUAUGGAAUUGCAAAAUAUAAAAAAGAUGGAUUUUUAUCAUAUAACAAACAGAACUGGACACAAAAAAUUAAAAUAAAAACAAAAACAAUUAACAAGGGAAAUUUUAACUAACAAACAGAAUUUUAAGAGCAAGAAGCUAAACGUAAUUUUUUAUACACAUAG